UCCCGAGCCUGUUUGAAAGUCUCCGCCACACUUCCGCUACUUCCUGGACGGCGGAAUGGAGAGCUCGCGGUACCGUCUCGUGCGCUUGUGUUCCGGCGUAAAGGCGUCGCGCGCUUGACUCUCUGCGCGCGAGCUGCGAAAUCUCGUCCAUUCCACUCCACCAGCGCGCGCGCGCCGUCAUGUUUUUACCUCAGGAGUAGCCUAGCUAUCUGAGGGAGCUGGAAAAGAAGGAAAAAAGAAAGAAAAAGACGAAUAAAAACUGUUUCCUGGACGAACUUAACGCCGAAAUUCCUGCAAAGGAUUCACGAAGGUUGUAAAAAACCAGUUAGUUUUUGUUUGUUUGUUGUUUUCGAACCGGACGGUUUGAAGGAUAACUCCUCAAGUCAACAGUUGCUCCGUGGCCGGGUGUCGAUGUUCGCUGUGCCAUGCCGAGGCUUCAGCAACCGGGUCGCUGCUGCUGCUGCUGCUGGAGGAGGUGGAGGAUUGUGGCUUUAACACUGGCAGCCUGCGCGCUCCUCCGGGCCCAGGCGCUUCCCGCACUGUCCGGAGCUGAUCAGGUGGAAAGGCAAGGCUGGACGACCAGGGACAGACACCGCAGAGCUGCUGAGGAACCUUACUGGGCAUACUCAGGGGCAUAUGGACCAGAGACGGGAUGGGCGUCGGCCUAUCCGGAGUGCCAAGAGAGGGACCAAUCGCCAAUCAAUAUAGCAGACCAGGAUACCAAGGUCUCGCCGGAGUACCAAGAGCUCCUCCUGGAUGGCUUUGAAGCAGAAUCGUCGAACAAGACUUCAAUGAAGAACACAGGCAAAACUGUGGCCAUCCUGCUGAAGGACGACUACUUUGUGCAAGGUGCAGGUUUGCCGGGUCGCUUUAAAGCAGAGAAGGUGGAAUUCCACUGGGGUCAGAGCAACGGUUCAGACGGCUCAGAGCACAGCAUCAACGGCAGGAGGUUCCCUGUCGAGAUGCAGAUCUACAUGUACAACUCUGAUGAUUUUGACAGCCUUAAUGCAGCCAUCAGGGAGAAGCGGGCCAUGGCCGCUAUGGCCAUCUUCUUUCAGGUUGGACAGAAAGACAAUCCUGCAGUAGACCCAAUAAUCCAUGGUCUAAGAGGAGUUGUGCAUCAUGAGAAAGAGACGUUUCUGGAGCCUUUUAUUCUAAGGGACCUGCUGCCGUCCUCUAUUGGGAGUUAUUACCGCUACUUUGGCUCUCUUACUACUCCACCAUGUACUAAAAUAGUGGACUGGAUCAUCUUCAGCCGGCCUGUCUUCCUUUCCUACAGACAGCUGGAGGCGUUUUAUUCCAUCUUCACCACCGAGCAGCAGGACCAUGUGAAGUCAGUGGAGUACCUGCGCAAUAACGUCCGCCCACUGCAGAGUCUGGACAACCGGAAAGUGUUCAAAUCCGCCGUCAAAGAUGCCUGGCUGCCGUAUCUGACUGACCCUUACGGCACCGAGUCCUCCAAAGCCUGCAGUAGUGCUCCCAUCAACAUGCAAGUUCAGCCUCUGAAUAAAACAGCCUUGGUGGUGCGAUGGUCCCGCCCCGAGAUCACCUAUGACCCGCCCAUUGUCAGCUACCUCAUCUCUUACAGCUGGACCCGAAAUGACGAGGCAUACGAGGAGACGUACGUCAAAGGCAGCGACCAAAAACUGGAGGCCGUUAUCAAGCCAGUUUCACCAGACGUGCUGUAUCUCUUCCGAGUCCAGGCAGUGUGCUUGAAUGAUAAACGCAGCGACUUCAGCCAGAGCAUGCUGUUCAGAGCAAAUACCACCAGAAUAUUUGAAGGAACAAGGAUAGUGAAAACAGGAAUGCCCACGGUAUCUCCAGCAUCCUCAGCCGACAUGGCUCCCAUUAGCUCUGGCUCAUCCACCUGGACCUCCUCAGGCCUGCCCUUUUCCUUUGUCUCCAUGGCGACUGGCAUCGGCCCCUCCUCCAGCGGUAGCCAAGCAACAGUGGCAUCUGUGGUAACCAGCACUCUCCUGGCAGGGCUGGGCUUCAGCGGUGGUGUCAUCUCGUCCUUCCCCAGCUCAGCUUGGCCCACUCUCCGCCCCCCAACCCAAGCCCCACCCACCACUGCUGAACAGGCUCCUCCCACCACAACACCCGAAAACGUCCAGAACCAAGGCUUGGAUGACCACGCCGGAGGAGAGAAGAGCGUCAAGGUCGAAGGUGAGGAGGGUGAGAGGGAGGGUGAGGAAGAGGAAGACAAGGAUGAAGAAGAAGAUAAAGGAGAGGAGGGCAAAACUGUGAAGAACGCCCCAGAUGAUGUUCAGACGCAGAUGAACAGUUCAGCAGACCAAGAGCCUCCCACAACAGUGCCUGACUCCACCGCCAAGGAGAAAGGAGGGAGAAAGAAGGAGGACAGAACGAUACCAUCCAGUGUACCACAGGACACGCAGACGGAAAGGACAGACGACGUCAAGAAAGCCACUGUGAUCCCCAGCACACAUCCUGCCAUUGUGGGGAAUGACAGUAUGGAGCUCCAGCCCCCAGAACCUCCUCCUAAGGGUGGAAAAGAUAGGAGUCAGUGGCCCUUUUCCUUUCAUACAGAGCGGAAUAUAGUCUCCAGUAUGCGACCAGUUCCUGGUUCAGGCAGGAUGGAGUGGAUCAUUCCUCUAGUAGUGGUGUCUGCUCUUACCUUCCUCUGCCUCAUCCUCCUCCUCGCUGUCCUCGUCUACUGGAGGAGGUGUUUCCAGACUGCUCAUUUCUAUGUGGAGGACAGCAGCUCUCCGCGCGUGGUGCCCAAUGAGAGUAUUCCAGUCAUCCCCAUCCCAGACGACAUGGAGGCCAUCACUGUCAAACAGUUUGUCAAGCACAUAUCAGAUCUGUACGCCAACAACCAGCAUGGAUUCUCUGAAGACUUUGAGGAAGUGCAGCGUUGCACGGCUGAUAUGAAGAUAACAUCAGAGCAUUCAAAUCAUCCAGACAACAAGCACAAGAACAGAUACAUCAACAUCGUAGCAUAUGAUCACAGUCGAGUGAAGCUGAGGCCAUUAGCCGGCAAGGACUCCAAACACAGUGACUACAUCAAUGCUAACUAUGUGGACGGUUACAACAAGCCUAAGGCAUACAUUGCUGCUCAGGGUCCCCUCAAGUCCACCUUCGAGGACUUCUGGAGGAUGGUGUGGGAGCAGAACACGGGUAUCAUCGUCAUGAUCACCAACCUGGUGGAGAAAGGACGGAGAAAGUGCGACCAGUACUGGCCGACAGAGAACAGUGAGGAAUACGGCAACAUCGUUGUGACGCUAAAGAGCAGCAAGGUGCACGCCUGCUACACACUCCGCCGCUUCACUAUCCGCAACACCAAAGUAAAGAAGGGUCAGAAGGGCAGUGUAAAGAGUCGUCAGAGUGAGAGAACAGUAAUCCAGUAUCACUACACGCAGUGGCCUGAUAUGGGCGUUCCUGAGUACACACUGCCUGUGCUCACCUUCGUCAGGAAAUCUUCUGCAGCACAGAUGCCCGACAUGGGUCCCAUGCUCGUUCACUGCAGUGCUGGUGUUGGCAGAACAGGAACCUAUAUUGUGAUUGACAGUAUGCUGCAGCAGAUUAAGGAUAAAGGCUCCGUCAAUGUGCUGGGUUUCCUUAAACACAUACGCACACAGAGGAACUACCUGGUUCAAACUGAGGAGCAGUAUGUCUUCAUUCAUGAUGCCUUGUUGGAGGCCAUACUGGGGAAGGAGACAGAGGUUUUGUCCAGCCAGCUGCACAGUUAUGUCAACAGCAUUCUGAUCCCUGGCCGGAGCGGCAAAACCCGGCUCGAGAAACAGUUCAAGCUGGUGACUCAUUGUAACGCCAGGUUUGCAGAGUGUUUCAGUGCACAGAAAGACUGCAACAAGGAAAAGAAUCGCAACUCUUCUGUCGUUCCAUCCGAGAGAGCGCGUGUCGGCCUGGCUCCACUUCCCGGAAUGAAAGGCACAGAUUACAUCAAUGCCUCUUAUAUCAUGGGUUACAACCGCAGCAACGAGUUCAUCAUUACCCAGCAUCCCCUGCCUCAUACCACUAAAGACUUCUGGAGGAUGAUCUGGGACCAUAAUGCGCAAAUCAUCGUCAUGCUUCCUGACAACCAGGGGCUGGCUGAGGAUGAGUUUGUUUACUGGCCGAGUCGAGAGGAAGCCAUGAACUGUGAAGCCUUCACCGUCACGCUCAUUAGCAAAGACAGACUCUGCUUGUGCAAUGAGGAGCAGAUCAUCAUUCACGACUUUAUCCUGGAGGCUACACAGGACGACUACGUGCUGGAGGUGCGUCAUUUUCAGUGCCCAAAAUGGCCCAAUCCAGACGCGCCCAUCAGCAGCACGUUUGAGCUCCUCUACAUCGUUAAGGAAGAGGCCAUGACCCGAGACGGACCCACCAUAGUGCACGACGAGUAUGGAGCAGUAUCAGCGGGGAUGUUCUGCGCUCUAACCACUCUGAGUCAGCAGCUGGAGAACGAGAAUGCCAUCGGCGUCUAUCAGGUUGCUAAGAUGAUCAACCUCAUGAGACCUGGUGUCUUCACCGAUAUCGAGCAGUACCAGUACCUUUACAAGGCUAUGCUUAGUCUGGUGAGCACUAAAGAGAACGGAGCUGGUCCUGUGUCCAUAGAGCGAAACGGCAGCAUGGCCCUGUCUGAUGAAUCGGACCCUGCAGAGAGCAUGGAGUCUCUCGUCUGAAGCUCACACGUACACAUACACACACAUACACACACGCCAGGAGGCGCUUAACUUACUUUGUAAAACUUCAAGGACUAAGACAGACUUUUUUUCUGAGGCCUUUUUUGCCAGAACUCUUGGUUAAACGAAUAACCUGAUUACUUUUUUACACUGAUAAAAAGUUUUUUGAUAUUUAUUUUUUUUUUCGCCAUUUUAUGUCUUAAUGUUAUCCUACUGAACAUUUGCACCUCUGUUUUUGAGUUCACGACAACAAACAAAACACACUUCUGUCUCGUUUGCACUAUGAAAAUAUCAGUGUUACUGCCUACUUCAGUCCUACGCUCUCUAUUUGCGUUGUUUAUUUUUAUGGUUAUUUUCACCACAAUCAGGUUUUGACAUUCCAUCGUGAAGCUACACUCGACAGCUUGGAAAUAAUUGUGAAAAGAUGUAAAGAUUGAAGACUCCCACUCUCGUAUAAAAUCAAAAUCUUGAAAAACGGAAGUUUGUUAAUAUUCGGAGUCAUCGGCAAGCAAUAUUGGAUUUCUGCGCUUAAUUUCAACACUAUAAAGGAUUUUUUUUUUUCUUUUUUGCAUUACGCAUCUAUUAAGCCUGUUAGACUCAUUAACUUUCUGCAAGUGGUAUUAAAACAGCUACUGUGAACUUUAUUCCUUUUUUUUAUUUUUGAAUGAUUCAUAUUAUGCUUUUAAUAUAUAUAUGAAUAUAUCGUAUCUCAUUAUAACUUGUGGUUUUGUAAAAAUGUUAACCGUCAUAAGCAGCUGGUUCCUUGCAGGCUUGGUUCAAUGGUUUUGCCUCAUGCUUCUCAAUAGCGGUCCAUGUCCUCUCUAGCACCCCCUGCUGUUUUUUUAUUUGAUUUCUUUACUCUGCAGGCUGCUGCUAAAUGAUCCGAUUUCGCUCGAAUGAGGAAAUCCUAGUCAUUCGCUUUAUUGUUGCUUAUAUUUAGUUCAGCAUUUACUCUCCACUCACUUUUCUGCAUACGUGAUUUGCCUCAGUCAAGUCCCGAUGCCUUUUGUAAAGUCUGAUCUCAUUUCUACAGGUGUGUUAUGUAAGAGUGUGUCGUGUGUGGUGCUGAGUCAGUUUACUCGACAUGUAUAUCUAAAAUAUUCAAGGAGGAAACGCAGACCGUACACAGUCCAUGUUGCUCAUGUCCUGCCUCUGUGUCUCAGUGAUCUCAUCACUUAUUUCAUGAAUAUCAUGAAAAUCAAGAGCAGGAGUGUGUGUGUGUGUGUGUGUGUGGACGGUGUGUCUCUUGUCUCGCAGUAUCAUAAUGAUGGCCUUGUUAACACACCAGUUACUCAACAGCUGCAUGAGGAAUAUUUGAUUUGUCAAGUUUUACCAAAGACUUCAACUCAACAACUCAUUUCCAUCGUAGCUAUCUAUUUGUGUCUGUCAGAUAUUGCAGAGUGGUGGGUGGGUGUGAAUUUCAUGAGGCUGAGGUCCCAGAUUUGGUUCAUUUAGCACUUUUUCCAAUUUUAUGAAAAAGAUCACCAGAUGCAUAGUAAAAUGCAGGGUUUUUUUGUGUAGAUGUUGAAAUAUUUGUGCUUUUGCGAUGGCAAGCUCAAGACUUUGAUACCACGUCCUUAAAAGGCACUGGCAUUGUUAAUUUUGUGUCCUUUCCAAAAAAAAAAAAAAACCUGAACUACAUUCUUGAUGACAACUUGACUUGUGUUGUAAUUUUUUCCGCCCUUUUUUCUGAUGUCCAUCUUCUUGUUCAGCCUGAGUGUCAAGCCUUCGCUUAUAUGCUGCAAUUUAAACAGGAAUUUGUAUCUUUAUCCUCUUUUUUUUUUCUUUGAAUGUACAUAUUUUUCCUUGUCUGUCCAUCAGUUUUCUUUACAUAAUUUUCUGGUGUAUGUUUAUAGAAUUUUAUUUUCAUAUAAAUCUGUCUCAAAAUCUCAGCUCUCUGGAUGUUUUGUGCAAAAACAAAGUGUAAAAAAAAGUGAGAGAGAGAAAGAAAGUAUAACCCAGUGGUUCAUUCACCAAGUGACUGACAUCUCAUGCCUCAUAUACCACAAGGCAGUGAUUGUGAUAUUCUCUUGCUUUGUUGAUUUGUUUUUCCUUUUCAUUUCUUUAAAUGAGACUAUAGUUUGUUUGUUUUUUUUAUUCUGAGGGUGUCAUAGGCAAGCUCCACUGAUUAAGUUUCCCUCAUUCACUUCUGUAAUGCAGGUGGGUGUUGAUCGACAUCAUAUACCCUGUUUUUGGCAUCUGGAAUACCACAAAACAAAGGAAAAAAAUGUGUUUUUCUUGUUUUGUUGAAAGCUAUAUCAAAGCAUUCUAUUAUAGUGUUAUUUAAUAUGUAAAUUGUAUUGCUAUACAUAAAAUAAAAAUAUGGGUUUUGAUGUA